AUGUCGUCGAGAGAGUAUCAUCAGCCAGAUGUUCCCCCGCCACCUACGGAUGACUCGGAUUCCGACCUUGAGCUGGAUAUAGAAGAGCUGGACCCGGUAACAACCUCGGUCCCAAAUCCCACGAGCUCGUUUUCCACGCGGCGAGAACGAGAGCGGAGCGCACGAGACGGGCGGCGGACUGGACAUAUUCCCUUGAGGAACCUGCGGAUGGGUGGGUUGCGCGGGACGCAACGCAACAGAGGAUAUGGUUAUGGGGACCUGGGGCGGCGGAGGGAAACCGAGGACGAUGAUCUACAGGGCCUUUUGAACGACGACCACGACCUGGAGGAAGGGAGCCAGAAUCGGAGUUCAGCGGGAAGCCUUAAUGCGGAGGAUGAUGCCCCAUUACUCUCCCCCAAUUCUAAAGGCCACCGACGGCGACCGCGGGGGCCCAGCUUUGGGCCUCAUCUACGACUCCCGAGUUUUCUGUCUUCCUCUGCUGCUCCACAGGCAGUAGCGGACGAUGUAGACGAACAGGAGCAAGAACAUGACCCAGCGUCAUCUCGCACUGUGUCUGUCGGGACCUCUCAGUCUGCACGCUUUCCUCCCAACGCGGUUUCUAAUGCGAAAUAUACCCCCAUCAGCUUCUUGCCACGGACACUGUAUAACGAAUUCUCUUUCUUCUUCAACAUGUACUUUUUACUAGUCGCCCUCUCGCAAGCUAUCCCUGCAUUGCGGAUAGGAUACCUCUCAACCUACAUUGUACCGCUAGCUUGCGUUUUAGCCAUUACGCUAGGGAAGGAGGCAUACGAUGACAUCGGACGGCGACGAAGAGAUGCAGAGGCGAAUUCAGAAGGGUAUACUGUGCUGUCUUUUGAUAGACCAGGUAUAGGGGAUACGGACAGAUACCACGCCAAGAGAUUGAAAUCCAAAGGGAACUCAAAGUUGAAGCGAAGAUCUCUAGUUGAGCCGGACAGAUUAUCUGAUAUCCAGGAAGAGGGUGGUCCGGAAGGGCUGUCCCAUGAGUCCCCAACUUCAGCCGUUCAUGAAGUAACGAAAAGGGCUCGAGACUUGAAGGUCGGCGAUGUCUUGAAGUUAGGGAAGGACCAGCGACUUCCUGCAGAUGUUGUUAUUUUGAAGAGCUAUACGAAUGAAUCCCCCUCGCCAGACCCCGAUGAUGCUGGUACGGGCGACGCAUUGCUGGUAGACCCGGUCUCCGACCCUCCUAUUGAUCAGACUGACGGCACUGUUGCGGAGAGUCACGAAUCAACCUCGGCGCUUGGAAACACCCCUUCGGCGGAUGCAGAAGGUGUUGGUGAAACUUUCAUCCGAACAGAUCAACUUGAUGGGGAGACAGAUUGGAAGCUUCGAUUAGGAUCCCCACUGACACAAUUUCUUGAACCGUCCGAGUUCACCCGCCUUCGUGUGGUUGCCGGAAAGCCCGAUAAAAAGGUCAAUGAGUUCAUUGGGACUGUAGAAUUAAUGCCAAAAAACAGAGGCUACGAUCCCCAUGUGCCAAAACUAUCCCCUGAGGAGUCCAAUGAUGACAGCUCAGAAUCAGCACCGCUAACUAUCGACAAUACAGCAUGGGCAAACACGGUCCUUGCUUCAAAUGCUACAACAUUAGCCGUGGUUGUAUACACUGGACCCCAGACCAGAUCAGCACUCUCGACAUCUCCUUCCCGGUCGAAAACUGGACUCUUGGAAUACGAGAUCAAUUCUCUCACCAAAAUUCUCUGCGCUCUCACACUCUCGUUAUCCAUCAUCCUUGUGGCAUUGGAGGGCUUCCAUCACGUAGAGGGUAUCAAGUGGUAUAUCAAAAUCAUGCGAUUCUUGGUAUUAUUCUCGACCAUCGUUCCGAUUAGUCUUCGAGUGAACCUGGAUAUGGGCAAGACUGUUUACUCUUGGUUCAUUCAACGAGACAAAGGCAUUCCUGGUGCAGUGGUAAGGACGAGCACAAUCCCGGAGGAACUAGGUCGAAUCGAAUAUCUGCUGAGUGACAAAACGGGUACUCUGACGCAAAACGAAAUGGAGAUGAAAAAGAUACAUGUGGGUACGGUGUCUUACGCCAAUGAAGCAAUGGAUGAAGUGGUUUCCUAUAUCAAGCAAGGGUUUUCUGUUCCCACAUCCACCGAUCCUACUCAGCCUUCGAUCCUCAUCACACCUUCAUCUACCUUCGUUGCUUCAGCAGUCACCGCUACCAGAACUAGACGGGAAAUUGGAUCACGCGUUCGCGACGUUGUACUCGCUUUAGCUAUAUGCCAUAAUGUUACACCAACGAUCGAGGAAGAAAACGGGCAAACGAUUACAUCAUAUCAAGCUUCGUCCCCUGAUGAGAUUGCGAUAGUUAGAUGGACCGAAGCUGUCGGCCUUCGACUGAUUCAUCGAGACCGGAAGGGAAUGUUACUCGAGUCUGUCGAUACAGGGCGCCCUGUUGUUCGCGUCCGCAUUCUCGAAGUCUUUCCAUUUACAUCUGAAGGCAAGAGAAUGGGCAUUGUUGUCCAGUUUCUUAGUUCUGAGACCCGUUCGAACGAUAUCGAGGCAGGAGAAAUAUGGUUCUAUCAGAAAGGUGCUGAUACGGUCAUGACAUCUAUCGUCGCUGCCAACGACUGGCUCGAUGAGGAGACUGCCAACAUGGCUCGCGAGGGGCUCCGGACUCUGGUUGUAGGCCGGAAGAAGCUGUCAGUACAGCAAUAUAAGGAGUUCGCAGCACAAUACAGAGAAGCUUCGGUAGCUAUUGCCGGCCGAGACUCUGGCAUGGCGAAUGUCGUGGCUCGCUACUUGGAACGAGAUCUUGAGCUUCUUGGUGUGACUGGCGUCGAGGACAAACUACAACAGGAUGUCAAAUCAUCACUUGAGCUGCUACGGAAUGCCGGCAUCAAGAUCUGGAUGUUGACUGGUGAUAAAGUGGAAACUGCGCGUUGCGUGGCUGUGAGCUCUAAACUCGUGGCUAGAGGCCAAUACAUCCACAUGGUCACCAAACUUAAACGAAAAGAUAUCGCACAGGACCACCUAGACUUCCUCCGUAGCAAAGCCGACUCGUGUCUCCUCAUCGAUGGCGAGAGUCUCUCGUUUAUGCUGACGCAUUUCCGCCAGGAAUUUAUCUCGUUCGCUGUGCUUCUUCCAGCAGUCGUCGCCUGUCGUUGUUCUCCUACGCAAAAAGCAGAUGUCGCCUUGCUCAUUCGCGAGUAUACCAAGAAGCGCAUAUGCUGCAUUGGUGACGGAGGCAAUGAUGUCUCGAUGAUUCAAGCGGCUGAUGUGGGCGUUGGAAUUGUAGGGAAGGAAGGGAGACAAGCUUCUCUCGCUGCCGAUUUCUCAAUUACUCAAUUCUGUCAUUUGACCAAACUCCUGGUCUGGCAUGGUCGCAACAGCUAUAAGCGCAGUGCGAAACUCGCCCAAUUCGUCAUACACCGUGGGCUUAUCAUCAGUGUGUGUCAGACCAUGUACAGCAUUGCUAUUAGAUUCGAACCUGAGGGCCUAUACAAGGAUUGGUUGCUGGUGGGAUACGCGACAUUGUAUACUAUGGCUCCAGUCUUCUCACUCGUCCUAGAUAAGGACGUCGACGAGAAACUCGCAAAUUUAUAUCCCGAACUCUACAAGGAGCUUACGACUGGUGCAGCACUAUCAUACCGCACAUUCUUCAUCUGGGUAUUCGUCUCGAUUUAUCAGGGGGGCAUGAUCCAGGGCCUAUCUCAGAUCCUGACCGAAGUCGAUGGACCUAGGAUGGUAGCUGUGAGCUUCACAGUAUUGGUGCUCAACGAGCUUUGCAUGGUGGCUAUGGAGAUCACCACCUGGCACCCGGUCAUGAUCUUUAGUCUACUGGGGACGCUCGUAGUAUAUCUAGGAUCAAUCCCUUUCCUUGGGAGAUAUUUCGAUCUGGCUUUUAUCAUUACUUGGGGAUUUGUCUGGCGCGUCUUAGCUAUUGGAUCUGUAUCUCUCAUCCCGCCUUACGCGGGGAAGCUGAUCAGGCGUGCGAUAAAACCGCCGAAUUAUCGCAAGGUGCAAGCCAUUUGA